CACGACAGAGCAACAAUCGGCAAGUUGAACGCUGGACCGGGCAAUUGAGCAACCCGGCACCCCAUACGACGCACUGCAUGGCCAAUGACGCCGGCCACCGCAAUUAGAAGCUCCCUGUAGCUCCCCCGCUCGGUGCCCGACAGGCACCUCCGCAGGCUCCCCGAUCAACCCAUAAUGUGGGCGCGACGAGCUGCGUGCGCCCUGCCAUUCGCCCACCGCUCCCUCCUCUCCUCCUCCAACAUCCUCACAAUCGCACCUCUUAUAUCCUUCCGAAGAAUGGCCUCCACACUUCCCAGACUACCUAUAUUCGAGGCCGUUAAGAAACAUGACCCCAACUCGACAGCUGUCGUGCACUCGCUCUCUGGGCGCUGCUUCACGUAUGGCGAGCUGAUGAACGAUGUUGCGGCGGCGCGGGACCGGCUGGUGAAGAAGGCGAACGGUAGGAGUACCCAGGGCGAGCGAAUUGCGUUUCUCGUGGAGAAUGGGUAUGACUAUGUAGUGACGUUAUUAUCAAUUCUUGGAAGCCAUGCUAUUGCGGUGCCACUUUCUCCCACCUUUCCCGCACACGAGCUGCGGUAUAUCCUCGACCAGAGCGAGAGCUUGAUGCUGCUUUCGUCUAAGAAGUUCCAAGACAAGGCGGAUGAGGUGCUCAAGGAGGGGCUGGAGACGCAGCCGAUCAACUAUAAAUCCGAGAAGAUCAUGACCGGGAAGAAGGAUGACACUGUGAGGCUUGAGGACCUCAAGAGUCAGCAGGGAGGCAUGAUGCUGUAUACUUCUGGGACGACAAGCAGACCGAAAGGAGUACUACUACCAGAAUCCGUCCUAACAGCCCAAUCCCUCUCCCUCCUCAAAGCCUGGUCCUACACCCCCUCGGACCGCCUCCUCCACGUCCUCCCCCUCCACCACAUCCACGGCACCGUCAACGCCCUCCUAACCCCCCUCUUCGCCGGCUCAACCAUCGAAUUCAUAUUCCCCUUCAACACACAAGCCGUGUGGGAACGCCUCGCCUCCCCCUACCUCCCCGACUCCUCCAAAUCCAAAGAGAAAAUCACCUUCUUCACCGUCGUCCCGACAAUCUACAGCCGCCUCCUCCAGUCCCACACCUCCCUCUCGCCCGAACUCCAAGCCGCGACGAAGAAAGCGUUCGCGCCCGAGAACAUGCGCGUCAACAUCUCCGGCUCUGCUGCGCUGCCUACCCCCGUGAAAGCUGCGUGGAAAGUGCUGAGCGAUGGAAAUGUGCUGUUGGAGCGGUACGGUAUGACCGAAGUCGGCAUGGCGCUUUCCUGCGGUCUCGCCUUCGAAGACCGCGUCGACGUCAGCGUCGGCUGGCCUCUGCCAUCCGUAGAAGCGCGGCUCGUGGACACGGAAACCAACCAAGUCAUCAAAGAAGGCGAAGAACUUGAUGCUGAGGGCCGCGAGCGACACGGCGAGAUUCAGCUCCGUGGACCGACGGUGUUUAAAGAGUAUUGGCGGAACCCGGAAGCUACAGCGAGCGAGUUCACGGAUGAUGCGGACGGUAAGGGGCGGUGGUUUAAGACCGGCGAUGUAGCUGUCAGAAGAGUGGUAGAGGGAGUGGGGAAGAGCGGCCAGGAGUGGGCGAAGGGGCCGAUGUGGUUCAUUUUGGGCAGGAAAAGCGCGGAUAUUAUUAAGACGGGGGGUGAGAAGGUUAGUGCGUUGGAGAUUGAGAGGGAGAUGUUGAGUUUGCCUCAAGUCGAAGAAUGCGCAGUCGUCGGCCUCCAGUCUGAAGCCUGGGGUCAGAAGGUCGCUGCUGUCGUCAUGCUGUCUGAGGCCGGUAAGACGGCUGGGAAAGGGGGAAAAGCGUGGGGUCCGAUGGAUAUGAGGAGGGCGCUGAAAGAGCAGUUGGCGAACUACAAGAUUCCGCAAGAGAUGAAGGUCGUGGAAUCUAUCCCGAGGAACGCCAUGGGGAAAAUCAACAAAAAGCUUCUCAUGAAAGAGUUAUGGGGCGAUCAAUAAAUCUUCUUGAGAGUCUAGAGGUGUAUUUUAGAUAUGUACGAAUACAACGGCCUCAACGGAUACCUCUAGAUAGACUAGACAGUGUAAUAUAUACAUCCGCAACCCAUUCCCCCA